AUGUCUCUCUCACAGUAUAUUGAUCUUUCACAGCAAAGUCUCGCCUUGUCUGCUGUGACAAUUGCAUUCAAUCCGCUCUUUUGGAAUAUUGUUGCCCGUCAAGCCGUCACCAUCUUCUCGCUCGGAAUCAUCCGCGAUCAUCUCUACAAUGACGCCCUUAGGAACCAGCCUUACUUCGCAGCUAUUCAUCAACCGUAUCUUGCCUACGGCCUCUUUGCCGCUGGAAAUGUCCUUGUCCUGUCUAGCAUGUGGGCUCUUGGUAUCACGGGCACUUAUCUUGGUGACUAUUUUGGCAUCCUCAUGGACGCGCCAGUUACUGGCUUCCCUUUCAACGUCACCAGUGCCCCGAUGUAUUGGGGCAGCACCCUGAGCUUUCUCGCAGUCACCUUGUACCAUGGAAAGCCAGCUGGCCUACUGCUGACCGCUGAGGUCUAUAUCUGCUACAAGAUUGCUUGCUUAUGGGAAGAACCCUUCACUGUUGAGAUCUACAGUAAACGCGACAGAGAAAGAGCUGCGUCAAAAAAGGAUGGUAAGGCAGCUUAA